CUCUCCUCGUACGUGUGACUGUCUCCGCUUUGCACUCAAGAUCGGCAACUCUUUGCUUCUUUUCACACUCUAGUCUCUAGAGUGGCACAAAGCCGCUGCGCGGCUUUUGGGAAUAACGGAGCCGUCACGACUUCAACUAAACGCAGUGCGCGAAGCGCUUUCUCCUACCGCACCUAGGCUUACUAGCUGGUGCUAGGCAUUGAGGCUAUGUUUCAACCCGUUCUACGGCCCAGUGAGGUCCUGAAAGUCAAACUGCAAGGGAUUAUCGUCCCACUUGAGGAGCGAAACAACAGGGAACUACAGCUUUCAACGGAACAGGCCAAUGCCUUUCUCGUCAUCGCGGUGCAUCGAAAUCCCAACAGGAACGAAGAGGAAGGCUGUCUGUUCGUCUACGAGGGCCCGGCGUUGCCGACGCCAGCUCGAUUACGGACUCCUCGAAUCCGAAAUGUGUUUCCUAUCGUUGGCCAUAUCGAUGUAAGAAUUUCGCAAAUAAACAACGAACCCUCCUUGGACAUGGAUGAGAGAACCGAAGGCUCACAACCAAACGUCCGUUUGUCUAUCGAGAUAUACAAUGACAAUACAACAGUCCUCGCGUUCGUGUCAGAUGAACCGCAAGGAAUCCCCUCUUUUUUGUCUGAAUUUAGGCGACUGAAGGGCAUCGCACACAAGAACAAUCCCCAUGCCUCAAAGUAUCCAUGGCUCACACCGUAUUCUUAUGAUCCAUCUUGCUGGCUUUCUGUGAUGCCGCCGCCUGAUCUCCGGGUGCUUCGCCAGCCUUUGAAUGAGCGUCUCAGCAUCGGAAGCGCAGGUAUGCCGGGAAACGAGGUCGCCGACUAUAAUGCCAUCCGAGAUCACUGGUUCAGAAAUAAGGCUCGCCACAACGCCACGAAGCCAGAACUUCGUCCCUCGGAACUAAAGAUACGUAUAGGAACGUUCAACGUGAAUGGGAAACUACCAUCACAGGACCUUUCACCCUGGGUCGGUGGACAGGCAACUCCGCAGGUAGAAAAUGACAAAACCGAUGAGGCUGAGGGAUCCUUGGGAGGUUGGGAGAAACUCAUACCCCCGAUGAAAGAAGUCUCUCCAAUAUCACUUGGAGACUUUGGACGGAGUGUCUCUUUUCUAGAUACACAUCCAACUGAUGUUACUGCUCCAGCAACAGAUGGUAGUACCUCAGUGGAGCAUGACAGGAAGGAAGACUCCCCAGCGACGACCGACCCUGACUUACUGGUCUUUGGCUUUCAAGAGUUGGACAACUCGACCGCGGCUUUGGUGAUCGCAACAAAAGCAAGAGAGGCUUUAUGGACCCACUCGUUGGUAGCUGCGCUAGGAGAGAAUGGAGAGAAGUAUGAGAAACUCGUGUCACAGCAGCUUGUCGGGAUGCUCAUUAUCGUCUUUGUGAAGAAAGAGUUAAGGCAGUUCUUCUCUGGAGGAAAGACCGAUUACGUCUCCGCAGGUAUUGGUGGGGUGUUGGGAAAUAAAGGCGCAGCGGCUGUUCGGAUCACGUACUGCCCUCCACCCUGUGACGAUGGUACUACGCCUUUGCCAUCCGCGUUCACUUUUGUAAACUCUCACUUGGCUGCCUUUGAGACCGGAUUAGAGAGGCGCGAUGCAGAUUUUCACGAUAUCUCAAGACGGCUCAGCUUCAAGAUAGAUCAACAAUAUACCCAACAACGGUCGGAGUCAAAGGAUUAUGAGCCUGCGGAAGCAAUUCUCCGAGUAUACGAGUCGGAUGCUCUCUUCUGGAUGGUAGAUCUAAACUACCGGCUCAAUCUUCCUGAAGACGAUGUAAGGACGAUACUACGGUCCGCCGCACGUGACAAGAGUGCUUAUUCGCUGCUAUUAUACCAUGACCAGUUGAGGGAGUCCAUUCGUAAACGGAGAGCCUUUGCGGGAUUCUUAGAACAACCUAUUCAAUUUCUCCCAACGUACAGGUUUGGUGCUGGUCUGCUGACAGACUCGUUAGGAUAUGAUAUAAAACGGAAACCAGCAUGGACGGAUCGGAUCCUCCACCUACCUUCGCCUUCAAUCUCUGUUCGACAGCUGUCGUACUCGGGCCACCCUCGUAUUGCUAUGAGCGAUCACAGGCCUGUAUCAGCGGACUUUUCCGUCCAGAUACCCGUAAUUGACACCGAUGGAUUGGACAGAACCGCGCACACCCUGUACAAAGCCGUCUCAAAGGCGAAUCCAGAAGAAUUAGAUGACAUACCUACACUUCGACUGACAACCACAGCUCUGGAUCUAGGGGUCGUUUCGUACGAGAAGGCUGUUUGUCGGUCGAUUACCGUUCAGAAUACGAGCGAGAUUCCGGCUGCCUUUAGGUUCUACGCGAAUAUGCCAGGCGAGUCAACUCAUCCAAGCUGGUUGAACAUCGAACCUAUGACCGGCUUUCUUCUCCCUGGCGAACAAUGUGACCUGAGCUUCACCGUCCUUGUCUCGCGAAUAAAUGCACAGGAUCUUAACGUGCGGCGGGAGACUCUCGACUCGACACUCAUUCUCCACACUCUGUUAGGGAAAGACCACUUUAUAUCGCUCAGUGGACAAUAUGCCUCAACCUGCUUCGGCAACAGUCUCUCUGUCCUCGCGCGUCUUCCUGGCCCAGUCCGAAACCUCAAAGGACCAGGCGAUCUCUUGCCGGAGAAUGAACCUAUCCACGGUUCACGCGAGAUUCAGAAGUUAGUGGCCUGGUUGAACGUCCACGAGGCGGAGCGCUUCGAUGAUCUCUUCUUAACCGAGCCCGACAGUGACUUGAUCGCCGAUAUUCGGGAGCGUCUAGACACAGGCGCUGACUUGGGCGGCCUCAAGGCCAGAGACGAAUCCCCCGACCAAGCCGCCUACGCCCAUGCAGUGGCACACACGCUAAUCGCGCUACUAGACUCACUUCCUGAACCCAUUGUUCCUUUCUCGUUACACACACGUUGUGCAGCUGUUAAUGAUCGAGAGGAGGCACUGGAGCUUCAAAUGCAGAUGCCUGCUCUGGUUUCGAAUGCCACAGUCAACGCAUGGAGUGCAAUAAUCGGUUUUCUGCAUGUUCAUUGCUCUGUGGGUGCUCCUCCGGCUCUUGAGUCCGACUGGCCUCGCCAGUCCCGUGCAGAACGGUUGGCACCAACAUUCACCCGCGUCCUGCUACGAGACGAACCCGAACAAAGUGAACUCGUAUCUCCAGUGGGAAAGAGGCGGUUCCUCUCAUAUUUCCUUGUCGCAUGAUGUGGCCAGUCAGCGUGUCUUCGUGUAGCCGCAUGGCGUAUUUUUCUACACGGGCUCAGAUGCAGCAACAUAACACUAGCGUUGAUUAGAC